AUGCCCGGCUCCACCUCCUCCACCACCACCGCCUCCUCCGCCGCCGCCUCCACCGCCUCCACCUCCACCGCCUCCACCUCCACCGCCUCCACUCCCGCUGCUGCCUCCACCACCACCGGUGCCACCACCACCACCGUCUCCGCCGCUGCUGCCACCACCACCACCACCACUACCACUACUCCCGCUGCCACCCCCACUCCCUCCGCCGCCUCCGCCGCCACCACCACCGCCCCCUCCAGCUCCGCCCGCGCCCUUGCCCCCCUUGCCCUUGCCAGAGCGACCGCAGUCAAGGACCUCUUUCUUGCCAUGGACCCCACAUACCUCACCGUCGACCUGCUCGAGAAGCACCUCCUUGCAGCUGAGACUAGCAUAGUCGCUGUAGGUGCUGCUCACACUCCCUUCUUUGAGGGGUGUUCCCCCUCCCCCCUUGCCCCCUCCUACGCUUCUGUUGCUGCUGUUGACUUCCUUCGUGCUGAGGAGGUCGGGGCUGCGUUUGCUCCUAGUGGGAGGCACCGUAGCGGCAGGGGCAAGGGAGGCAAGGGUGGUGGGGGUGGCAGCGGUGGAGCGUGGGCGUAUAGGGGUAGUGUUCGCUGCAAGUACGUCAUUCGCACAGGUGACCGAGCUGAGGCUGCUGCUGUAGGUGCUAGUAAGUCUGCUCUCCAUGGUACUGCGCCUGCUGAGGCCUUGCACACCUUCACGCUUGACUCAAAUGCUUCCCGCUGUUUCUUUCUCGACAGUACCACACUCACACCACUCCCUGCACCGGUUGCAGUCUUCACCUCCCCUCGUUUUCUACGAACUUG